UCAAAUACCAAUCUUAGAGGAUUCAAAUCCUAAAAAUAAUUUUUGGUGUUAAUUCCSUUUAAUUCAAGCGAUUUCAUGGUUCCGUCUCGCUUUGGUUAAUUUUCUCAACCGUAGGACAGAUUGGUUGAAGCUAUCGGCAGCUUGUCGAACAUGACAGCAUUGGUUCACAUUGUGUCUAUUUGGUUGUUGUUAACAUUCGUAAAGGACGUGAAGACUGCUAAAAGUCCAGAGCUUUCUGGAGAWGAGCGAGACAUAUUAACCGGCGACAUUAUCCUGCCAGAAAAUAAUGGCAAGCUUGCCGGUGCACAGUUUAUCGCGGAGCCAGAUGAUCUGAAGGACCUUGAGCAAAGUUUGCCCGAAAUCGAGCGAGGAAUGAUAAAAGAAUAUAAUGAUCCUGCAAAACAUUUGGUACCACUUCAUGCCCUCAGGUACAUUAGCGAUCAACAAGGCUUGAAAGACAUWGAAAAAAACAUUUUUCAAGUCUAUGAUCCAUCUUCAAGUCAAAGUUUAACACAUGGGAUGAGAUACACUCAUGAAAGCGAUAAAGUGGAAAAUAUCAAUAAAGAUGAUGCAAACCAGUUAAAUCAAAUUAUGCACUUUCAGAACAGUGAGUUGAAUAGCAUCGCAUCAGAAGGCAACAAAGAGCAGCAUUCGGGAGGGAAAUCUAAAGGUKAUUCAACGCAAAUCAAAUUACACUCUCUUAAAGCAAAGCCUAACCGCUAUAAGAUUGAAAAUAUUYCAGAUAACAACGAUGCAUUGAAAUAUAGUAAGAGUAAAAACUACUUUCCCAACAAAGAAAGUGCAACAAAUGCAAUGAAAACUCUUCAAAAUUCUCAUAGCUCAGAAAAUCCAAAGAGAUCUAAAGACACCAGUAAACUUUAUAAUUUAACGAUGAAAAAUAUYAAAAAGAAAUAUUAUAGCAGAGCUAUUAAAAACAAGAAUUUGAAAGCUAGGACUAUCRCUAAUUUGGGAUUAARRGCUAAAUUGAGUAGUGAUCCAAGCAGUGUCAAUACAAAAAUCCACCAGAAUAAACACACCAAAAAGCAAUCUUCUUCCACCAAUGARAUCAAAAGACAAGUUCGUGAAUCAGUGAAGAGAGAUGGCGUUGAAGAUGAUGGUGAAGACGAUGAAAUUAAGAAAAGAACAUCAAUAUUCUCAGAUAUUGCAACAGCAUUUGAACACAUAAAAGAGGACGAGGAGUCAAAGAAGGGGAAAACAAAGAAAUCAUCUCUUAUUACUCCUACUCGCAAAGAUAAUGAAAAUACUGACAUAAAACCUGUCGAUGGUGGCUUUACACCCUGGACCGAAUGGUCCGAGUGUUCAGAGACUUGCGGAUCAAAUGGCAUCAAAAUGCGCAUGCGUGUAUGCACAAAUCCACCGCCAUCCAAUGGUGGACAAGAUUGCAAAGGCUGGCGUUUUGAAGUAAAAUAUUGCAAGAUACCGGAGUGUGAAGAUAAYUCUCAAGARGUCACCCCGACGGCAAAGCCAACGACCACAGUCACAAGAGGAUUCCAUCAAGUAAGGUUAAAUACCAUUAGCUCGAUUCGUUCGUCUGUAAAAGAUGCUAAAUUGCAUGCUGAUAAAAAAGAACAUAAUGCAAAUCUCACAGUGAACUUUAAUGGCAAUGAUACAAUCAGUCCAAGCAAAAGCAAUGAGGACAAUGGAGAAAURCAAGAAAACAAUGGAACAAUUCAACAGAAUAUCAACAAAACUCUGAAUGAAAUCGAUUUGCAAAGCAAUCGAAGUAGUGAAAAUCGAGAAAUCGAGAAAAUGUUCAACGAAGCUGUACAUGAAGCCUUUGACUCAUCCAAACAGAAACAAGCACAAAAGAAGCACAAAGAGCAGGAAUCACAUGUCAAAGUUCAAAAGAGUUUCUCACCACCAAACAUUCACACUGACUCCGGAYUGAUUCUUAGUGAAAAUGAAAUUGAUACCAUCGACGAUGCACCAGAUACAUCUCAGGAAGAUAAUAAUACUACYAUAAUUAAUAACCAAACGAAUCAAUCCGUCUCACAACMGGMAUCAGUUGAGGAACAGACAACACAAAGUCCGUUAAAAUCAGUGUCUAACUCAACCAAUGAUUCUGCAGAUAAAGAUGUGGAGGAUAAAAAACUCAAUAAAACCGUUGAUGACGAGCUUUUUAAAGUUGCAGGGGAAAUAUUAAAAAUGAACGAUAGCGAUGCCGUAUUAAAAGCUCUAUCAAGUAUAAAGAACACUGAUAUGCUGGAAAAUUACUCCGAUGCCUCUACUAAUGAUAAGGUAUCUUCCAAUCACAAUGGAUCUCAMGGUAUUUUUACAAAAAUCAGCAAUAAUGACAUGGAAAAUGAYGUCACGGAUAAUGAAGUCGGCAGCAAUGUACGAAAUAACAGUUCUCUGUCUCUGGCAACCAAUCAUGGUGGUAACGAUAUGUCAGUUGCAGAGACUCCUAUUGAGAGCAAUGGAAACAAAAUUGAAAAAAGUAACCAAUUUAGAAAUGRYAAURAAGAGCARAUGUCUUCUAKUGAURACAUAAAAGCACAUCAAAAAGUCAUGAAAAAGGCAUCAUCUUUAGAACAGUUCUCUUCUACAGGUGACGAUACAAUUACCGACGAUACCAAUCAUARAACUGCAGAAGAAUCACCUUCAUCUGAAAAAAGUGAUUCUGAAGACAAUGACUCCAAAAUCCAGCUUGUCGAUAAUGACAUUAAAAGUGAUUCUGAUGAUAAUAACAAUAAUAAUGACGGCAUCCAGAGGGAAGAUGAAAAUGUAAAUGAAAGUAGUGAUGGUAUGAAUGACAAGGGAAUUGAAGUCAAUAUGAAAAACACUAAAACCAGUGCCUUCGAAAAUUCUUUUAGUUCAGGAAGUGGCGAUAUCGAGAUUGAAGARAAUCCAAGCAAUAAAUCAAACAACGAUGACUAUGAUACAGUUAAUUUACAUGCUCUAAAUGCACUAGUAGAGAUUCUUGCAGAGCACGAAAAAAAUGAAUYGGUUAAAAAGAAUGGUUCUCGAAAACACAAUAGUACAAUAAUGAUGAAACAUCAUAACAGCAGUUUAUCUCCAGAAAGUGGAGUUCAUAUCAAAGCAAAUACUUCAUCUGGAAAUACAAAUAGCUCAAGUUUUCUAACUAGCAAAUUUCUUCAGAAUAAUACUGGUGAAACUCAGGCCAAAAACGUCCCUGAGUAUUUAAAUUCCGGUGGUGCUAAAGUACCAAAAGGAAACAUUGUAAGAAAUGUCAAUUCCUCUAGCAGCUCAAUUUCAAACGGAAAUAAUAGCACACUUUCAAAAGAUGACGUUGAGGAGAUAUUCAAAACAGGAAUGGACAUGUUGCGAAAUUAUGCAAACGGAGAGGGAAAGCAAGUCAAUGAUGGUAGCAGUGCAGAAACGUAUGAACUCCCAAUAGGGAAAACUGCAUCUGAGAAAGSCGCAGAAGCUCYAGAUACUAAGGACAACGCACCUAAAGAUGGAAGYCACAUUUUKCAYAAUGAAAAAGAUAUGAUACACCUUAAAGCAAACAUAUCCAAUGGGGAAAAYCAUAACACACCUUAUGAAACYAAUACACYUAUUGAUAGCGAUCAUGUAAAUUCCGAUCUAAGUACACACGUAAAAGAGUCAACUGCUGACACUAAGCAGAGAAAUGAAACUUCAAAGUCUUCUUCAACACACAAACAAAAGUCUCGUCCUUCACUAUUUGACGUUUUAAAAGAAGUUGUUUCUACUUUCACUAAACUGAGUUAUGCUUUGAACAAUAAAACAUCUGAAAAGAAUAGUACCUUAAAUAAAGAUACCACAGAAACUACCCUUGACAAUUCCAAAGAAGAAGCAAGGAAUUCCAUAAAAUUGAAAACACUUUUAAGCGAUGAUGAAAAGAARCGUUUCAGUGUGUGGACAGGCUGGACAGAAUGUAGUAAGAGUUGUGGAGAGGGGUACAAAACUAGACAGCGCAGAUGCCUAUCUAAAGAAAUAGAUUGCACGGGUGUGAUGAAAGAGAAUCGAACAUGUUCAGUUAAUGAAUGUCCAGUUCAUGGAGGAUUUUCAACAUGGAGCGCAUGGUCUCCUUGCUCGGCAACCUGCGGGRCAGACGUUUUUAAGAUGCGUAAUCGUUCAUGUUCAAAUCCCGUUGCAAGAUUUGGAGGGAAACCAUGCAUUGGAGCUAUCGAAGAGAAGAAAAUCUGHGAAUUAAAAUCAUGCACCCAUUUUGCCAUUGCGGGAAAAAUCGGAAACCAAACCUUUAUGCCGCAAGGUCAACCACCAAAAAAUGAAAAGGGAGCGUGGGGACCGUGGUCAGCUUGGAGUAAAUGUUCACGUUCUUGCGGURGCGAUGGUUUUGCAAAGCGUGAAAGAUUGUGUCUUCCUGGUAAGAGCUGUAUAGGRCAUCGUUACGAUACCAAGGAAUGCGGAGUUCAGAAGUGUCCAGUCGAUGGUGGUUAUACAGAAUGGACUGUCUGGUCUCCUUGCACACCUACAUGCGGAGAACGGGCUUACAAGAUACGUUAUCGAAAUUGUACCAACCCACCACCUCAAUAUGGCGGCAAGCAUUGUGGYUUUUCAUCAUUAGAGACAAACCCAUGUCCUAUUAAAAAAUGYCCAGUUGAUGGGGGUUUUAGCAAAUGGAGURCCUGGUCAUCUUGCAGCAAGACAUGUAACACAACAGCUUUUUCCCGAAGAGAGCGAGAAUGUAACAAUCCUGUUCCAAAAUAUGGUGGUAAACCAUGUGUUGGCAAGACUACWGAAAUCAGAAACUGUGGACAACMCCCUUGUCCAAUCGAUGGAGGGKUAACUCURUGGUCAGAUUGGAGCAAAUGUCCAGGCAUGAAAUGUGGUAGUACAUUUAACCAAACACGAUCAAGGAAGUGUGAAAAUCCUMAGCCAAAUUUUGGUGGUAGAAAUUGCACAGAAAGUUUGUUCGAAAAGAGAAAAUGUGAACCACUUAACUGUCCCGUAAAYGGUGGUUUUUCUGAGUGGUCAGCGUGGAGCGCAUGUCCUAAAGAGUGUCAUUCCACAGCUUCCUCUCAUCGGAAACGCACCUGUAAUAAUCCAACACCCCGUAAUGGUGGGAAACCAUGCACUGGAGAGAUUGCUGAGACUAGACCCUGUGCAGACAUAGUGUGUAAAGUUGAUGGUGGUUUCACUSCCUGGUCAGCCUGGUCAGGCUGUAGCAARGAAUGUGGCCAUACUUCUAUACGAUCACGUGAGAGAUACUGCACCAAUCCUUCACCUUUGAAUGGUGGAAAACCAUGCAAGGGAUCAAAGAUUGAAAUCAGUGUUUGCAAAGCUGACGGUUGUCCAAGAGAUGGUCAGUAUACGGCAUGGAGCAGCUGGACUGAAUGCCCAAAGUGUGGUCAUGGAAAGAGUAAGCGAGUGAGAACCUGUACUAAUCCCCCUCCUAUAAACGGAGGCAAAGAUUGCAAUGGUCCAAGUAAAGAACUAAAAGAGUGCCAAUAUAGAAAGUGUCAAGAUGKUGGCUUCAGUAAUUGGUCCAUUUAUGGCCAUUGCUCAAAGACUUGUGGUGGAGGAGCCAAAAUGAGACGAAGAAGUUGUACUGAUAAAUCAAAAGGAUGCGAUGGCAAAUAUKUAGAGUUGAAACGCUGUAACACUCACAGUUGUGUGCUAGGCGGCAAUAUCAUUUAUCAACCAACUCCAACAUCACUAUGUGGAUUCAACCCGUGCAAGAUAUCCCAAUGUCUCAACCAUCCUAGCGCAAUGUGCGUCACCUCUUCAAAUUGCAAACCUGUAUUUUUUGACAAUAGAGGAAACAUCCUGGAGUCCUGCAAAGGUGAUUCUACAGUCAUGGCAUCUUCUCCAGAAAUURUAUGUGAAAAUGAUCCUUGCAAAAUCUCAGGCUGCUAUAGUGACGAAGCUAGCAAAUGYCACGUCACAAUGGACUGUGCCCCGUUGUUUUUAGACUCCAAGGGUAAAAAGCUGCAGUGUAGAGGCUUGCUGAAGGUUCCACCAGCAAUGGUUUGUGGUAUCGACCCGUGCAGCGGUGGCAARGCAUGUGACCUUGAUGUUCGAUGCGUUUCAGACUACAAAUGUAGACCUGUAUAUAUUUCACAAGAUGAUGAGAUCAUCGAUGACUGCUUAGGAGACAAGACGAAAACAGAGGAAGGUGCCCAGAAGAAAAGCUCAAAAGCCCAAAAACUAAAGAUGAUUUUUCAAACAUCACAAGACAUCAAAAAGAUGAAAACUCAACUAAAGGAACUACUCAACAACAAUGACAAGAACAGCAUUGAGGACAAUAGAGAUCAAGGAAGUAAUGCAAUUUAUGAGGACAUUAAUCAACUCACAGCUGACGAACGAAAUACCUUGAAUCAGGUUACAGCUAAUGAACGAAAUACGAUGAGUGAGCUUACUGCUAGUGGAGGAAAUGCAAUGAACGAGCCKACAUCAAGUGAAGCAAUUGMCAUGAAUGAUGCUAGCGGGAGUCAUCAUAUGAUGAAUGAGCCUAAUGGACGAAAUGCUGCAAAUGAACAUACUCCUACUGGUGAGGAUACAAUAAAUGAGUUUACCGACAAUGGAGGUAAUACAAUUAACGAGCUUACAGCUAAUGGGGAAGCWACGAUAGAUCAAAUUCAAGGYAAUGGAGAAGAUACUACGGCUCCGAAUAUUGGUAACGAGGAAGCUACAAUGAAUCAAAUUUCUGAAAGUGUGGAAAAUUAUCAAAACAAUCAACCUGAGCAUUCGUUAGARUAUAGACUACAACAAUUCAAGAAGAGAAACCGAUUUUAUAGGCCAAAGAAAAUAAAGAAGAAGAGUAAAACUCCUUCAGUGUUAUGGGAAAGCAUGGAGCAUUUACGCAAGUAUAAACAUCUAUGUGUGUUUCUGAUUGUCUUGCUAACACCCGUWAGCUCGACUGACACUGAAGGAAAUAUCACUUUUUAUAAUAAAGACCAACGCGUAAAAGCUUUAAAAGGAGUUAUAAGACAGUUAAUAACCGACUAUAAAAAGUUAGACUUAGCCAAUGGUAAGAUAUCCAGUGAAUUGGCUGCAAUAGGCGGAUUGCAAGGCAUUGCAAAGAAUAUUAUUCAGCCAUCGCUGAACGGGUUUGUGUCRCCUAACAGCCAAGGUAAGACCCAACCCGUACCCAUCGCGACUGAUCAGACUGGAAACGUUUACCCGGUACAGAACCUAAGUGCUGCCGGAGGAACUAUACCACUUGAUGGAGGAUUUACACAAUGGACAUUAUGGUCUAGAUGCCCCGUAUCAUGUGGAAGAACUGCACUGAGAUCACGUGAGCGUUACUGCACUAAUCCUGCCCCCAUUAAUGGAGGACGAAACUGCGACGGACCGAGAUUCCAGUUAAAGCUUUGUAAAAUGAAAGAAUGUGGACAGGAUGGCUAUACUCCUUGGGGCUCUUGGAGCAAAUGCAGCAACCAAUGCGGAAAAGGUUACAAGCAUCGAUCUCGACAUUGUAUCAACCCAAACCCAAUAAAUGGUGUACCAUCCUGUAAGGGACGACGAAAAGAGGUUUCCAAAUGUAUUGGGAAGGUAUGCACUGACCAGAAUUCCAUAGUGGAUAUCGACCCAAAGACAGUCUGUGGAUAUGAUCCAUGUGCAGUAGCAAAAUGCAUCUCAAUGCCCUAUGCAACAUGCGUUAGUGACUUCAAAUGCAAACCAGUGUUUUUUGAUUCCGAAGAGAGAAGAGUGGAAGGAUGCAAAGGUACCGAUCUUUACCUAACAAUCAACCCUUCCACCGUGUGUCGAUUUGAUCCUUGCAAAUACACAACGUGUAUGACAGCUACGCCUGCCAAGUGUUUGGUCAAUACAAAAUGCCAUCCUGUUUUCCUGGAUGCGUUUGGAAAGACUAUGAAAUGUAAAGGAGUUUUCAAGGUUCCUGCUCGAUAUAUCUGUGGUCACAACCCAUGYAGCAGUGCAAUGUGCAAGGCRGAACCRUCAGCGCGUUGUCUGGUCGACCAUCAAUGUAAACCUAUAUUUGUCAACGCUGCAAAGAACGUCUACAAACAGUGUAGUGAACGUGGACAGAUUAUCAGAGGACCAAAGCACGACGACGACGAUGAUGACAAUGACGAUGACGAUCCACUCAGGCAACUAAUGAAAGGUAAACAAAAAAAGCACAAGCCAAUCAACGAAGAAACUAAUGAUGAAGUCAAUCAGUUCAAUCCCGAAAAUCAGGACACGCCUGAUAGUCAAGGAAAUCCGCCAAAUGAUGAUGUGAUGGAAGACACUAUGGGAGAAAAGAAAUCAAAAGUACAUAUUCCAGCACGUUUUAUUGGCAAAAGAUAGCAGCCUUUGAAAAUAUUGUACGAGAACACUGGAUUUGUGACAGACAGGGAAUAUGAUUACAUACAAAGGUUUUCGUCACUUUUAAAAGGAUGUAUUUCGAUGAAUAUAAAAACAUUGCUUUUGGUAUAGAAAUUCAAAGCAAGAAAUUUGCAUGUCAAUGUUGUAUUUAUAUAUAUCUGCAUGAAUUGAAAUUGCACUUUAUGUGAUAUAUUUUUUGAGAUAAUUAUCAAUGUUGUUUCUGUUAGAAAAUAUUCAAAUUUAUUGUAAUAAAAAUAUAAAGUCGAAAA